AUGAGUAGUGGUGGCAGCGGUGGUUACUAUAAAGACAAAUACUAUGAUGGCGAUGAUGAUCGCAACCAUCAUCCUCAUCAUAACAGAUACAAUCGACAUCAUCAUCAUGUAGACGAUCGUUAUCAACAAAGCGAUCAAAAAGACAAAGAUUACUACCACAGAGAUUAUCAUGAUCAUCAUCAUCAUGAUCAUCAUCAUCACAAUCGUCAUUAUUAUCAUCAUGACUAUCAUCACAAUAUUGGUCGUGAAAGCUACAAGGAUGAUGACACUGGUUACAGAUUGAGAGACAUGGACAGGAAUAGGUUUGAUGGUAAAAAAAAUGACUCUCAAAGCAUGAGAGAUAUGUAUAAUAAAAAGUAUGGUAAAGAGGACUCUUAUAACAACAAUAAUGGCAACAAUCGCAACAAUAACAAUAAUGGAUCGGGAUCACUUAUUGCCGAUGACCAAGAGAUUCCUGAUAAACCACAGAAUAGGGAGACGAUCGAAUUCCUAAAAAAUGCACCCUCAAAGGGAUUAUGGAUGCCAUUAGGAAAAGAGGUAAAGGUAAUGAAAUGUUUCAAAUGUGGAAAUCAUGGUCACAGGGCAACAGACAAAGAAUGUCCACUGUUUUUGAGUGGUAAUUCAAAGGUUGAACAACAAAGAAGAAAUUGGGAAGAUCCCAUGGCAGGCUCUGAAUCAAGGCAUCAAUAUGAUAACGAUAAUGAUGAUGGUCAUGAUUACCACAGACAUCAUCACCAUCAUAAUCAUCAUAAUCAUCCUCACCACUCUCAUCAUCCACAUCAUCAUCCAUACCACCACCCUCAUCAUCAUCAUCAUUCACAUCACCACCAUUCAUAUUCAGAUGAUAAAAGAAGAGAUUACUACCACGAUCAAACACAAAAAGUACAAGAUGCAUCACCUGUUGUUGGAAAAUCAACCACAACAACAGAGGAACAAAUAAGAUUACAAGUAAAAAAAGGAAAAAGAGAGGCCAAAUUACAGAGGCUUAAAGAUUUAUUGGCAAGAGCAGAAGAAAGUGAUAGAAAGAAAAAAGAAAAGAAAAGAUUAAAAAAGUUAAAAAGAGAUUUUAAACAUUCAAAAACAAAGAAAGAGAAGAAAGAGAAAGAGAAAAACAAUUCCUCUGACGAUUCAGAUUCUUCCUCUUUGGAUUCAUCAUCUGAUUCGUCGACAUUAUCAUCCAAUGAGGAUUAG